GGAGCUUCGGUGGAAGCUGCUUCGCGAGGCACGGCGGGAAGAGAGGCGGGAGGCCGCGCGGGGCAUCCCGGGAGCAAGGGCCGGGCCGGGCCUCGGCGCGGGGCAUUGUGGGAGGUGGACGCCGCUCCGGGGCGGGCACCCCAGGAUGGAGCCCCCUCCCGGCACGGUGGCGGGGCAGGAGGAGCAGGAGCUGCGGGAGAGGGCCUUCUUCUCCUGGGCCGAGUUCAGCCGCUUCUUCGACGCCUGGUGCCAGCAGCGGCUGGCGCUCUUCUUCGUCAAGAGCUCCAUGCACCUGGCGCGCUGCCGCUGGGCCAGCGCGCCCCCGCUCUACACGCUCAUCGACGUGCUCAAGUACAGCUACGUGCGGCUGGUGUGCAAGGACGUGCGCGCGCCCAGCCGGCCCGCCGUGGGGCCCCCCCAGCCCGGCUGCCCGGCCUUCAUCAUCGUCAAGCUGAGCCCGUUGCGGGACCGCCUCGUGGUGACGGAGUGCCAGCUGACCCACUCGCACCCGGCCUGCCCGCUCGAGUUCGCCUACUACUUCCGCCCGGGCCACCUGCUGGCCAACGCCUGCCUGCCCGUGCGCACCACCAACAAGAUCUCCAAGCAGUUUGUGGCCCCGGCCGACGUGCGCCGCCUGCUCUCCUACUGCAAGGGCCGCGACCACGGCGUCCUGGACGCCCUGCACGUGCUCGAGGGGCUCUUCCGCACCGACCCCGAGGCCAAGGUGAAGCUGGUGUUCGUGGAGGACCAGGCGGUGGUGGAAACGGUGUUCUUCCUGACGUCGCGCACCCGGGCGCUGCUGCGGCGCUUCCCGCGGAUGCUCCUGGUGGACCGGCUGCCGGGGCUGCAGGGCGCCCUGGACCUGCUGGCGGUGCUGUGCGUGGACGGCGCGGGCCGCGCGCGCCAGGCCGCCUGCUGCGUGGCGCGCCCGGGCACGCCAAGCCUGCUGCGCUUCGCGCUGGCCUCACUGCUGCAGAGCGCGCCCGACGUCAAGGGUCGCGUGCGCUGCCUCACCGCAGGGCCCGAGGUGGCGGCGCAGCUGCCCGCCGUGCGCCAGCUGCUGCCCGGCGCGCGCGUGCAGAUCUGCCGGGCACAGGGCCUCGAGACGCUCUUCAGCAAGGCGCAGGAGCUGGGCGGCGCGGGCCGCGAGGACCCGGGCCUGUGGCCGCGGCUAUGUCGCCUCGCCGGCGCGUUGUCGCCCGCCGCCUACGCCGAGGCGCUGGCGGAGCUGCGCGCCCACGGCCCGGCCGCCUUCGUCGACUACUUCGAGCGGAACUGGGCGCCGCGCCGGGACAUGUGGGUGCGCUUCCGCGCCUUCGAGGCGGCGCGCGACCUGGACGCGUGCGCCCUGGUGCGCGGCCACCGUCGGCGUCUGCUGCGCCGCCUGAGCCCCUCGCGCAGCGUGGCUCAGUGCCUGCGCGACCUGGUGGCCAUGCAGUGGGCCGACGCGGCUGGGGAGGCGGCGCCCGACGUCUCCGAUGACGGGGGCACUUGGCUAGAGGGUGAGCCGGGGCGGGGAGCCCGGGUGGAGAACGAGAGGGUGAAGGGCCUGGAGACCCGGGACUGGGGAGGGGCCCCGAAAGAAGGAAGCGUUUGGAGAGAAGCCCAGUUAGAGAAGGAAUGGGCGCGAGGGCUGGAAACCAGGGACCGGGGAGGGGCUCCUGCGGAGAGUGAAAACGGGAGAGGGCUGCACAUUCGAGACUGGAGAGGGGUCCAGCUGGAGAACCAAGUGAGAGGGUUAGAGGGGAGUGUCUGGAGAGGGUCCCAGUUGGAGAAGGAGCACUUGAGAGGGCCCGAGAUCCGAGACUGGAGGGGGGGCCCCUUGGAGGGUGAGAAGGAUUGGGGCCGGGAAGGUUACACCUGGAGGGGGGCCCCGGGGGAGGACCAGAGGUCGAGAGGCUCAGAAGGCUUUACCUGGAGGACAGCCCACUUGGAGGAGGGAAGGAUUCGGGUGCUGGAGACCACAGGCGGGAGAGGGCCCGGGUUUGACUCUGAGGGGGCCAGGAGCCUGGACGGGAGCUCCUGGAGGGGGGCCUGGCUGCACGAUAAGAAGGCAAGUGGGCUGAAAACCAGAGAGUGGAAGGGGCCUCCGUCGGACGCAGAGAAGGGAAGGGGGCUGGAGGUCAGAAACUGGAGGGGGGUCCGUAUGGAGAAGCCCUUGGAAUGGGUUCGAGAGAACAGAGACCACAGGGAGGCCCCGCCGGGAGAGGGGAGGCUGAGAGGGCCGGAGGCCAGAGAGGAGCGGGGAGUGAGGUUGGGUGUCAAGAGAAGAAGGGAUCUGGAGGAUGUGGUUCUGGUCCAGCUGGGGGACACCAGGGUGACAGGCCUGGAGAACGGGGAUGGAGGGGGCGCCCAGUCUGGGGGCUCCCAGAGCAGAGGCGGGCAGGGGAUGGAGUGUGGGGACCCAGUAGGGGGCUGUCUGGGGCUGGGGAAUGGAGUCCCGUGCAGCACCCCCGCGGGGACUGUGCUGGAGGGUGACCCCCAGUGGGCAGUGAUGAGGAGGCUGUACCUGGCCGCUGGGGAGGGCGCGCAGGAAGGUAGUGGAGAAGGCCCAAGGGAACCAAAGAGGCCUCGCUGCCUGUCGGGGGAGGACGAGGUGGACUGGGAGCCUCUGGCCAAGUUCCGAGCGGCCUGCGGGCCAGAGCUGGCCGAGCUGGUGGCCGAAGAGCUGGCCUUUGCCCGGCAGCACGGGACCCGCGGGUUCCACUGGACGGGCGCUGGGUUUGCCCUGAAGGAUGGCACCUCGGACUUCUUCCUGGACGGAGCCCUGACGCGCUGCAGCUGCUCCAUCCACGCCGCCCGCCGCCUGCCCUGCCGCCACCUCUUCGCCGCGCGCCUCCUCACCGGCGCAGCCUUAUUCCACGUGGACCUGCUCAGGGAUUGCUGGGGGCGAGCCCCGGAGCCCUGAGCCUGCCAGCCCCUGCCUGUCACCCUCCACGGCGGUAGUGGUGCUGGAGGGUGCAGGAGGGCACUCUUUGAUCCCAAAGAUAACAGGGCUGAGGCCAAGAAGGCCACCCCAGUCCCUCCAGCCACCCCCCGGAGCAUCCAGGGACCUCAUCUCCGCAGUUUGCUUCUCUGGGUCCCAGGGGAAGCCACAGCGGUGGCAGGUGGUGGUGGCCACGGUGGACCCUCAGGAGAAGAGAUGUGCGGGGAGAGGUGUAGACAGGGGCAGGCGGAGGAUGGGGAUCAAGCUGGGGGAGGGGACUACCUGGCAGGAGGAGGGGGAGAGCUGGGGACAAUGGAGGAGAGGAAAAACAA